UAGCGCGGCGCUUUCGGAGGCGCUUUCAGGAGCCUCGUCUGCGCCCUUACGGAAAAGCACUCGGUCCUUGUGCCUCUUUACAUUAUAUCAAAGCGACACGUGGUGGUGUUAUUGUAGCUGUUGUGCUAAUAGACGGUGAAACGGAGGACUGCCGUUUACAGCCGAGCCCCAGGAGCCCCCUCGGUGUCCCGGGGGCAUGGAGGUUUUAGUGCUGUAUUCGUGGACUGAUCGCCUUCCGUGGAGAGGAGAAAAAGGGUUCACAUUUUAAAGGAUCAACUUUAGAAGGAAGAAAGGAAACCGUACACUAGGCAGAUGCUAUCCUGUUUUUAAUCUAGACCAACUCCUUUGCUUGAGGCAAGGUUACAGAAAGUCAUGGAGUUCCCAGGCCAUAGUCAGCAGCUCUUGGCUAGUCUGCGCUCCCAGCGCCUGCAGGGAUUUCUGUGUGACUGCACUGUAAAGGUUGGCCCCACUCGCUUUCUGGCUCACCGUGCAGUGCUGGCUUCCUGCUCCCCAUUCUUCCACAUGUUCUACUCUGAACAUCCAGUUGGCAAUACAUCCACAGUUAACGGAGGUCCAGAGAGAGACACUGUUACCAUCAAUGGGGAUAUAGUGACCCCUUCAGCAUUUGGGCUGCUCCUUGAUUUUAUGUAUGAGGGUGUGCUCCGCUUAGCUGCUCAUCCCCCUCCAGAAGAUGUGCUUGCUGCAGCAAGUUUCCUGCACAUGAAUGACGUGGUUCGAGUAUGCAAGAAAAGACUGCAGGGCCGUGGACUGGCUGAGGCAGACAGCACCAGGGCAGAAGAAGGAGGGAGUGAGGCUGGGGGAGAUGGCCCAGUGUUUGAUGGUCCAUCUAGAGAAGGAAGAUCAAAUGAUGCAGGAGAGAGAAAUGGUGGAAGGGGACCGGUAGCAGAUGGCGAACAGGGAGCUAUCAUUAUUUCAGUAUCAAAUGCAUCCUUAUUACCCUCAGUAACGCAGUGUCUACAGCCAAGCCAGAAAAUAUCUUCUCAUGUUGACACAAAAACUGAGGCAAUGGUGGGAGUACCCAGCCGAAUCACACACAAUGCUAAUUUGGGCAGUCCAGACAUGGCAGACACUACUCAACCAGGUAUGGACUCUCUUCCAGCUGCAAGUGAGUCUGGGCCAGGCUUAUACUCGUCCUCUCCUGGGCCUGUUAGAGCUGGAACUUCAACAAUAUCUGGUAGUCUCGAGUCUGCACUUUCAAGCCCUUGCAGCACAACAGAAUCACUUCAGACAGGCACAGAAGCUCAGCCCAAUGCAUCUAUUGUCAUGGCUCUGGCCCAUAUGGACAACAAGCGGACUGGUGACUCUUCUCAAAAUGUACCCAGCACCGUAUUUACACAUGACAGCACUGCACAGGGUAAAACUACAAAAUCUAAAUCGCUUCAGCGCAGAGGACAGAGUUUUGCUAUUUCUCUACCACCUCAGCACACUCAAAGUCAGGCUGAAGGAAGGCAGUCUUCAAGAGGUUUGGCUGAACAACCACAUUCUCCCGUAGCAUUAUCCUUAACAGGUAGAGGAGCUGAACGGGAGGAGAAUGAAGAGGAAGGGGUGAAAGUAAAGGUGGAGGCUAUUGUAAUCUCUGAUGAAGAACCAGAAGAUGUGGAAGAGACACUUGUCAGGGUCAGAGAGCAAAGAAGAGAUGCUGACUUAGAGGAAAGGGAGGAUUAUGACAGUACCCAUGAUGUGGAGAUCACAAAUGCUCACUUCAUCCCUCCCCACACAUUAAUACAACUCCCUCAUGAUCACCAAGAGCCGCUCUCUUUCCCUCUUUCACCACAUGGCCCUAGUGCUUCCUCUUCUGAUCACACUAGCUUUCCAUCCUCACUUUUCCCAACUGCCUCCCAGCAAUCAGAGCAGCAGGGCAUCUACUUUGAAGAAUUUCAAGAUUCUCUUGGGAAUUAUGUGGAAGAUGUACCUACAUGUAACACUUGUGGAAAGACAUUUUCCUGUGCUUACACAUUGAGGAGGCACGCCAUAGUACACACAAGAGAGCGUCCCUAUGAGUGCAGUUACUGUUACCGUAGUUACACACAGUCUGGGGACUUGUACAGGCACAUAAGAAAGGCACAUGACCAUGACCUGCCAGUGAAACGCAACAGAACAGAGACUGACCCUCCUCCAUCCCCACCGCUUCCUCCUCAGCCUCCCCAGACAUAACUACAUUGCUCAAAAAAAUAAAGGGAACACGUAAACAACACAAUAUAACUCCAAGUAAAUCAAACUUCUGUGAAAUGAAACUGUCCACUUAGGAAGCAACACUGAUUGACAAUCAGCUUCACAU